UCGGAAGGGGCCCCGCGCGGCUCGCGUCGCCCCCACCCCAGCAUGCACCGCGAGCGCGAUCACGCGCGCCGCCUGCGCCAAGCCGUCCGGACGCCCAGGCUGGGAGGAGGUGAAAUGGCAGCCUCCUCUUCAUCCUCUUCAGCUGGCGGAGUCAGCGGCAGCUCAGUAACAGGAUCGGGGUUCAGUGUUUCGGACCUGGCGCCGCCCCGAAAAGCCCUCUUCACUUACCCCAAAGGAGCUGGGGAGAUGCUGGAAGAUGGCUCUGAAAGAUUCCUGUGUGAAUCCGUCUUCAGCUAUCAGGUUGCGUCUACAUUAAAGCAAGUGAAGCACGAUCAACAAGUCGCACGGAUGGAAAAACUAGCCGGGCUGGUGGAAGAGCUGGAGGCAGAUGAGUGGAGGUACAAGCCGAUAGAGCAGCUCCUGGGAUUCACUCCUUCUUCAGGCUGAGCAUGGCUGGAUGGCUGCUGUUGGGGAGCAGAAGAAAAAACAUUCUCUGGCCUGGUUUCAAAACACACCCGCAGUUAUCAGGAUGCUGACAGCUGCAGCGGCACAGCUGGGCUUUUGGGAGUGGAGAUCCCCAAUAAAGCUGCCAGGAAAUGGAAACGAUGGGAUUCUUUAGUCCCCUGCAGUGGUGCAGGCUGGCAGGGCUCCGUUUCUGUAACUUAAGAGCUGGGAUCUUGGAGAAUCACCAGAGGAGGGACGAUGUACAGUGUGGUGGUGGGAAAAGCCACCCAGUAACUGGCCUUUCCUGGUUGAUUGGCAGAAUGGGAAGCCCAUCUUGUUGCCUCUCAGGCUAGACCUCUGCAUACUAGAGAUGCAACACCCUGCCAGAAAUGCUGUUCCACCCUGGCUGCUCUUUUGGGGGUAAGCAUGAUGAGAUCUGUCCUGAGUCAGUUGAGAGGGGGGGAUGUGGAGAAUUUCCUGGUGGCAUCUUGUGUAUCACGAGAGCUGUUCUCCCUCCACUGCUGUUUCUCUUGUCUCUGCACAGCAAAUGCUGGUAGGACACUGCUCUCUGAUGCAGAAGCUGUAUCUUUAAUAUGCUGAACCUCUAUUUUCCCCUUCUUUGUUAUGUAUUAGCUUGCUCUGUGAUAAUAAAAUAAUUCUGCCUUUGAAA